AUGGCUGACGAUAAGGAGACAACCGCUAUCCCGGUACCCCCACCUGUAAAUGAUGGGGAAACCGGAACGUCGGCAGCGCCUCCGCUGCACGACGAUGCCAAGGGUACAGGAACCAAGAGCAGUGGUCCACAAGCAACAGAGGAGCUUCCAACCCCCGAGACCUGUCGAAAGAUCGAGGAUUACCAGGUACUGGAUCGCGAGGGGAAAAAACACUCAUUUAAGAGUCUGUAUGAUGGCCCUACUUCAGCCGACCGCGUGGUGGUGAUUUUCAUCCGGCAUUUCUUUUGCGGUAGCUGUCAAGAAUACCUUAUCGCCUUGUCGAAAGCUAUUCAACCAGCGGACUUGCUAAAAUUGCCUACCAGUACAUCGAUCGCCAUCGUCGGUUGCGGCGAUCCAGGCUUGAUAGAUUUCUACGCCACUCAAACGGGCUGUCAAUUCCCAAUAUAUGCUGAUCCCUCGCAAAAGUUGUAUGGGGACCUAGGAAUGGUCAGUAAUCUGGCCAUGGGACCACAGCCGGAAUAUAUACGCAAAAGUAUGUUCCGAAUCAUCGGUGAAUCGAUCGUGCAAGGUUUGAAGCAGAUUCCAAGCGGUCUGGCACACAAAGGGGGACCAAACAGUCAGAAUGGUGGUGAACUUAUUUUUGAAUCCACCGGAGAGGGACUGCCAAAGCAGAUGACUUGGUGUCACAGAAUGACAACGACGCGUGACCAUAUCGAGGUCAACGAGCUUAUGAAAGUUCUCGACCCAAGUCAGAAAUACUUGCAGAAACCCCGGGAAUGA